UCAUGGAGGUCACAGCUCUCUGCUUCAGACUGAUGAUGCUUCAACUCAUUUUACUGAGGACUCAAGCUCAGAACAGUUACACUCAGAAAACAGAUGCAGAUUUCCUUCGUAUCACUCCAAACAGACUGCAGUACUUUGAAUUUGAACCAGUUUCUUUUGAAUGUGUUGGGUUUGGUGGCCUGAGCGACCUGAGAGUGAUCAGGAAAACUAAGGAAUUCAAACCAGUGUGUGAUAUAAAGAGGACAUCAAUGGGGUCCUUCUGCAAAAUAGAGAGAGCCUAUCCAUCAGACAGUGGAGAAUACUGGUGUGAGACAAAAGAAGGAGAGAGAAGCAGCACAGUCAACAUCACUGUCACUGCUGGUUCUGUGAUCCUGGAGAGUCCUGCUCGUCCUGUGAUGGAGGGAGAUGAUGUGACUCUGCGCUGCAGAAACAAGACGACCUCCACCAACCCCCAAGCUGAUUUCUACAAAGACGGACAAUUAAUACACAGCAGUCCUGCAGGGGAGAUGAUCAUUAACAAUGUUUCCAAAUCAAGCGAGGGGCUCUAUAAAUGCACAUUUACGAGUUUUGGAACGUCACCAGAAAGCUGGCUGACUGUGACAGAAUCUAUACCACAUGCCAUUUGUAAUGGUACAGCAAAUCCUGUUUCUACCACCUCUCCACCACCUCAUCCAGCACCCCACUCAGAUGGCUCUGACUCCAAUGAAGUCUCCAUCCUGCUGUGGAUCGUUGUCGCCAUUUUAACGUUAGCUCUGGUUCUGCUGGUGGUGGGAUUUCUUCAUUUUAGGAAACUCAGAGUUUCCUCAAAAACACCAACAGCAGCAUCACACUCAGUCUCUGCAGAGGACGAUGCAGAUGAUCCAAACAGAGUGACGUACGCAGUUGUCACAAAACCGAGGAAGGAUGAAGACGCUGCAGACGCUGCUGAUAAUUUGAGCCUCUGCCUUCAGACAAACCACAGCAGAGACCCACAGACAGAAGAAGAUGAGUCCUCACAUCAGCCUCUUUACUCUGCUGUGAACGUCACUAAGACUCCACAAGCUCUCCAGCCUGCUGAAUCAGGAUUAUCCAGCUCCACAGUGACCCUGAACGCCUCAGCAGACAAAGACUCCGGUCUGACAGAGGAAUGCAUUGCCUACUCUGUUGUCCAGGUCACAAAGAGCAGAGACUCCUGACUGAAGAAAGGAGAGACUGAUCUGUUGGACUAACAUCGAAGAGAGGAAGUGACAGAUAAUAAUUA